AAGGACUAGGAGGAGGACGCUUCGAGGACAGACAGACAGACUGACAGACGCAUCUUGGAACAGAGAGAAACAGGGAGAGAGGGAGAGAGGUUGAGACGAGCAGUGUGUGUGUAGCGGUGAGGACAGACACACCGCUACCAUGGAGCCUCGUUUAUUUCUCCUGCUGGUGCUGUCCCCUUGUGCGCUGGGGUUGAUGGUGGCACGGUGCCCUGAGGGGUGGAAGUCACGAGGCAACACAGAUGAAUGCUACAAAGUCCACUCCUAUGGCAGCGACCGUACCUUCGACGAUGCUAGGGUCUACUGCCAGGCGCGUGGUGGGGACCUGGCUUUUAUUGACACUAAAGGGCUGAGGGACUGGCUAGGGCAGCUCGUGGCGGCCACCGGGAACGUGGGCCAGUACGCCUACAUGUGGGUUGGCGCCAAGAACGUGGACGGCAAGUGGCAGUGGAUUGAGAAUGGCCAACCUGUGGAGAGCAUGGUGGUGGAAUGGGAGGGGAGUGGCGAGGGGAACUGUGCUGCCCUCACCCUCAAUUCCAAGCUGAUCAAGCAAGACUGCGGCCAACGACUCAAGUUCAUCUGUCACAGAAAUAUAAGAGUUCCAAUGGUUUGUGACUACACUAUUGGUUGGGAGGAUGCUGAUGACAAAUGCUACAAGGUGAGUAACAGGAGAAUAAAUAAGUUGCCUGAGGGGUUUAAUGACACUGUGCUGGCAAAUAUGUUCCUUGACUUCUUUGAUCAAAAGAUAAAGUCGAUUGUGGAGAGCUUUAGAAAUGAGGAGCUUGAAAUACCCGUGAGUAUGCCAACGCCUCGGGCUAAGCUACUCUCCUUUAAGCAAGGCCACGCGGGCAGCUUCACCUGGAUAGACGGAACCAGCAGCAACAGAACCUACUGGCAUGACGGACAGCCUGAUAAGUGA